GUGUGUUUCAUCUUAGCUGUGUGGGAAAUACCUACGAUAUACCGUGUGUACCUGGUCACUGUGAUCAUGUGAAGUUUUGUGUGUUUUAAACUACGGGAGGAACAUACAUCUUUAUCUCGAUGUGAAAUUCAUACAAUUUCGGGUAGUGUUUUUAUUGUGUGGAAAUGAUUGUUACCACUAUGAAGGGUAUUGUCUCCUUCAUUAAUAGUUUACUAAUUACAUGUGCUUUAAUUGGAUGUUAUACACCUACACAUGCACGGUCGAACCUGGACGUGUGUGAAAGGCUACCCAUACAUACGAAUGCCCCUAAUGCUGAGGGCUCGGGAGGAUUCCAAAUACUAGUUAAGGAUUUACCUGAAGAAGGCAAAUACAAGCCAGGUGAAAUAUACACAGUAACAAUAAAUGGAACACUACCGGGAAAUACAGUAUUUCUGGGAUUCAUGAUGGAGUCGGUGUCCGAAAAAAAUCAAAGCCUCAAUCUAGGAACAUUUUCGUUUCCCCGAGAUGGGCGUGUCCAGAAGGCCCCAGACUGUAACCGCACCGUGAUCACACACAGAUAUCUGAUGAUGAAGAAGUUAAUAACGGUCAAAUGGCAGGCCCCUCCAGCAGCCUCAGGAUGUGUCAUUUUAAGAUCGGCUGUCAUAGAAACGUCUGAUACCUGGUACAAGGAUGACGGAAAGCUUACAGUUCGUAUGUGUGAAGAAGAGGUGAGCACAGCACCACAAGGAGACGGCACUGUACAGGACGGGGAGAGUUGUUGUGCCUGCGGAGGGGCUACCUACAAUCUACACUUCAAGGGGCUCUGGUCCAGACAGACACACCCUAAAGGGUUCCCUGAGGAGGAAGAUGAGUUGGUCCUGAUGCAUUGGUCACGGUUGGUUGGCGCCAGUCAUUCCAGUGAUUACACUAUCUGGGAAUAUGGACAGCCUGCCACAGAGGGGGUGAAGGAACUGUGCGAGUUUGGUUCCUCACUCAAACUACAGAAGGAGAUGAGGCAAAAUGAUCCAAGCAUUAAGACCGUGAUAAAGACCGCCCCACUUUGGGGAUACACACAGUUACGGAAGACCAUGAAUGCUGACUUCUUUGUGGACCAGAACGCCCACUAUUUGUCUGCCCUCAGUAUGAUAGGGCCUAGUCCAGAUUGGUGUGUGGGUGUGACACGCCUCAACCUGUGUCAGACCAACUGUACCUGGGCGGAUCAGAUGGAGGUAGAUCUCUUCCCCUGGGACGCUGGUACUGACAGUGGACAUACGUAUCUGGCCAGAAACAUCGCCACUAAUCCUAAAGAAAAUAUCCACAAGAUCACAAACCGCUACCCUAGGAACCCGGACUCACCUUUCUAUGGCCCGGAAAGGAUUCUACCAAUGGCUCGCCUUAGGAUCACAAAGACAGCCGAGCAGUCGUGUGAUGAUGGCACAACAGACAAUAAUUCGGGAGAAUCGGCCGUCAGCACCAGUGUCCUCAUUGAACGAAUGAAAAAGAAAAUGAUGAUGAAGAAGAAAAUAGCUGAUGCCAUGCUUCGUAAGUAUUUAGAGAUGGAGAAGUGUUCGACCACCGAGUGGACAGCCUGGGGUAGCUGUAAUAGCACGUGUGGCACUGGGUACCGCGAGCGGCGCAGACUACUCAACAAUCUACGUAUCUCCGCAUUAGCCUGCGGAAUAGACCUUACCCAGAGGGAGGUAUGUGAAGGCGACUGUAGGUCAAGCCACAGAAGGAAGGGGCCUAAGGAACUUCCCGAUGACUAUGUUAUCCGACAUGAACUGGACACAAUUGACCUGAAUGAUCCUUGUGCGGUGACUCAGUGGUCAGACUGGGCCCCGUGCAGUGUGACGUGUGGUAUUGGGAUCACAGAGCGAUGGCGCAUGUUCCUGUGGAAGAAUAACUCAGUACAGUGUCAGGCAAAGCCACGUUUAAUGGAGAAGGACCUGUGCUUUGGCUACAUCCGCGACUGUAGGAAAGCAAUCAUGAUGAAGAAUUUCUCAGUUAUCUGCACAACACCAGUGGAAAUUGGACCUUGUAAGGGGCUCUUUCCGCGAUGGUUCUAUAACAGCGAAGAAAAUUUGUGCCAGCCAUUCAACUAUGGUGGUUGCCGUGGAAAUGAGAAUAAUUUCCGUUCAGAACAAGAAUGCACAAUGACAUGUGACCUUGCAAUGGCAAGUCUCAAUGAAGGACCUACCAAUGAGGCUUCCAUUAUGAGGCAGGGCAAUGUGGAUAUGAGACCCAAACUUGUGGUGAGUUCAAAUAAACGUGGUAGGAAAAGGAAGACAAGUAAGAGAGAGAAGAAAUUAAUGAGAAAACGGAAAAAUAAGAAGGCUAGACGUUUACAGCGUCAGCGCCAACGCCAACGUCAACGUGAACAGGGAGGCCAGCUGGAACCACCCAACGAUGGACCAGCCAUCAACUGUCAAGUAACGGCCUGGACUGAUUGGUCACCCUGCUCUGUCACCUGUGGGAAGGGCUUCAUGAUGAAAACAAGGUCAGUGGAGAUGGAAGCUCAGAAUGGAGGCCGAUGUUCACGGCGACUGUCAAAGAAAAAGAAAUGCCGGAGACCAAACAAAUGUCCGGUGGACUGUGUACUGUCAGAAUGGGGCGAGUGGACACCCUGCUCUCAUACCUGUGGUGACAACGCCGUGCAGAAACGUCGAAAGCGCGUUAUAAAGCGACCAAAGCGGGGUGGGAUGGACUGUCCACCUCGCAGAGAGAAGAAGUUCUGUAUCUUGCCUGUUUGUCCAAAUACAGAAGAGAUGGAAGAGAUGAUGAGGGAUGCUUUAUUUUCGAAUCCACAGUCAUUCCCAUGACAACAGAGACAUACUGUAAAAUCAUGAGCAUUUUCAUCCAAUCUGUAUCAUCAAAGGAACUUUGUGUAAAUUAAAUGUGAGGUAGCAGAAGACAUCUAGAAAAUUUCUGAAUGGUCAAGAACUGCUGAUUGACAAGUGGUCACAGACAGGGCUGUGAUGUCUGAUAUGUACCUAGUAGUCCUUUGAUUUGAUAUUUAAAGUAAAUAACAGAGUUUUCCCAUACACUGUGAUUUUUCCAUAGAUUUCUUCCCGAUGACUCCGCUGUGCAAUGUCUGUAUAAUAGUAAAGUUGAUGGUAGAAACCUCUGUUAUUCAAUAUUUAUUACAAAUAUUAAAAUUUGGGAUACAAAUUUAGAAAUGGAAGAAUCACAGUGCACAUACAAGUCUUUCAUCAUAUCAUCUUAGAUAGGUUGUAACAAUAUCACUUUUCAUUGGCCCAUUAUUGUUAUCAUGUUAUUAUUUUGUACCCGUGAUUUCCUCGCCAAUCACUUCUAUAUGUACUGGAGGAGGUCAUGGAAAUGAAGAGAUUUGUUUAUAAUGUAUCAUUGUUAAGGCUAUAUCAUCAUUUUUUUUAAAUCAAUUUAAUUAAGAAUCCAAAGAUGGAGGACUUUACAACCAUAUUGAAUUAUGGAGCCAAGAACAGCGAUAUAAACAGGGCGUUUUUUCCUGCUAUAAUAUUAAUAUUCAUCUGUCGAUGGCGUUAUGUUUUAAUUAGGUGAUACUCAGUUCACUGUUGUACGUGUAAAUAACUACACUCCUGGUGGGUUAUCAAAUCUGGACACACAUUUAAAAAUAUAAUUAUCACUCAGGCUGUUUUUAUCAAUUGUGGUACAGGAAACAGCAUAACGAGUCUUGUGUGUGGUACAGGAAACAGCACACCGAGUACUGUGUGUGGUACAGGAAACAGCACACCGAGUACUGUGUGUGGUACAGGAAGCAGCACACCGAGUACUGUGUGUGGUACAGGAAACAGCACACCGAGUACGGUGUGUGGUACAGGAAACAGCACACCGAGUACGGUGUGUGGUACAGGAAACAGCACACCGAGUACGGUGUGUGGUACAGGAAACAGCACACCGAGUACGGUGUGUGGGGUACAGGAAACAGCACACCGAGUACGGUGUGUGGUACAGGAAACAGCACACCGAGUACUGUGUGUGGUACAGGAAACAGCACACCGAGUACGGUGUGUGGUACAGGAAACAGCACACCGAGUACGGUGUGUGGUACAGGAAACAGCACACCGAGUACGGUGUGUGGUACAGGAAACAGCACACCGAGUACUGUGUGUGGUACAGGAAACAGCACACCGAGUACGGUGUGUGGUACAGGAAACAGCACACCGAGUACGGUGUGUGGUACAGGAAACAGCACACAGAGUACUGUGUGUGGUACAGGAAACAGCACACCGAGUACGGUGUGUGGUACAGGAAACAGCACACCAAGUACGGUGUGUGGUACAGGAAACAGCACACCAAGUACUGUGUGUGGUAUCACCUAUAACAUAGAAUUACUAAAUUCAAUUGGAAAGUCGUAGGUUCUUUUUUCAAAUUCACAAUCUGAAAGUAUCUGGGUGUUAGACAAACUACCCAUCCAUUAACAGUCAUUAAUGGUAUGGAAGACACAAUGAUAUUUGACUCAAAUAUAUUUGCAAUGCCAGAUUACUACAUUCAUUUAGACUACCUCCAGUAGGACUGAUUCCUCGAGUUGUAAGUUAUUUACCCCCUCCCACUAUUGUUCUCCCUUGUACACAUGUAUAAAAUUGUUGAUGUGUGUGUGUUCCAACCAUGGUUUACAUUACGACACCUGGUUCAUGGUGAUUUGGGCCAGUAUAUCACAUCCUUCAUCUUAAUGAAUCUCAUUAAACCAUAAUGGCAUAUUGUGUGCAUAUAGCUACUACAUGUUGAGGUAGUGUUAACUGUAUAGUGUACAUAUUUCUGUUGUAUGUUAUUGUGUAUAGUAGGUAGGGAUGUAAAUAUAGCUAAUAUACUAUUAUUAUAAAUCCAGUUAUAUGUCACACAAACCUUUGAUUGUAACAGUGCUUGAUUAUAUAUAACAAUCAAUGUUGGAUAUAAGCACUUCCCUGUAACCUGAUGGUAUAACUGGAUCAACAAAUCAUGUAUACAGCUCUAGUUUUCUGUAACACUAUCACAACUCUUUAAUAGCAUUCUAUUGCACUGAACCUGGUAACCUUUAAUACCAGAUGCCUGAUAAUAAUAAUAUAUAUAAGAUAUCCACUCAUAACAUAAGUAGCUAAUGGAUAUCAGCUUGAUCCUUGAAUUUAAACAAGCAUUAUUGUAUAAUAUGAGUCUUGGUCUAGGAAAAAGCAUCUUGGAUAAAAUUCAGUAUAUUUCCUUCAUCUCAAAUUAUUUGAUUGGUUGAAAAUAUAUUACAUGCCCUCAGUUGAUUGAUUGAAAGAGAGCACAUGCCCUUGCUUAUAUUUAAUUGGUUGAAAAACACCAUAUGCACUCAUUUGAUUGGUUGAAAUACAUGCACAAUGCAAACCAAAAAAGAUAUCAAAUGCUCUAGUGGCCUGUGGCAGUGUGUGAUAGACAAACCAAGGACAUAUGUCCUACAUCACAUGGUCUGUGGCAGUGUGUUAUAGACAAACCAAGGACAUAUGUCCUACAUCACAUGGUCUGUGGCAGUGUGUUAUAGACAAACCAAGGACAUAUGUCCUACAUCACAUGGCCACAAUAGACAAACCAAGGACAUAUGUCCUACAUCACAUGGCCUGUGGCAGUGUGUUAUAGACAAACCAAGGACAUAUGUCCUGCAUCACAUGGUCUGUGGCAGUGUGUUAUAGACAAACCAAGGACAUAUGUCCUACAUCACAUGGCCUGUGGCAGUGUGUUAUAGACAAACCAAGGACAUAUGUCCUACAUCACAUGGUCUGUGGCAGUUUGUGAUAGACAAACCAAGGACAUAUGUCCUACAUCACAUGGCCUGUGGCAGUGUGUUAUAGAAAAUUCAAAGAUAUCUGUCAAGGGCUUCAAGAAAAUAUUGGACAGAUUCCGAAUAACCGUGUAGCCAUGAACAACUAAAGCAGUUGAAAUAUAUUGCUUCAUUGUAGUUAGGGGUUUUACCACAGGCAGAUAUAGUUGUAAUUUAAUUAACAUGGAGAAGUAUAAUUUUCUUACUGUUUAACAAAGUCGGUUGUAUUGCCUUCAAAGGUUCUAGAUGAAUGUAUCAACAUUUUUAUACUGUCAAUGUUAUAGAUAUUUUUCAGUUGUGUAAAAGUUUAUUUGUGUGAAUGAUUUCGUCAACAGACAUGCAUUUAUUGUAGUCAAGCACUAGAUAGGUGAUGAGUGUGUAAGAAAUUGAUAAAAACUGUUUUUACUUCAACUACCGGUAUUGUAUUUGGUUUCCUGAAAAUCUGACCACAUGUUCACAUGUAAUAAGAUUGUUUUUGAUGGCAUGGUAUGUCUGAAUUCCUCCCAGGGCCUGAUGGCCAUAAGGUAUGUUGGAAUUCCUCCAAGGGCCUGAUGGCCAUAAGGUUUGUUGGAAUUCCUCCAAGAGCCUGAUGGCCAUAAGGUUUGUUGGAAUUCCUCCAAGGGCCUGAUGGCCAUAGGGUAUGUUGGAAUUCCUCUCAGGGCCUGAUGGCCAUGAGGUAUGUUGGAAUUCCUCUCAGGGCCUGAUGGCCAUAAGGUAUGUUGGAAUUCCUCCCAGGGCCUGAUGGUCAUAGGGUCUGUUGGAAUUCCUCCAAGGGCCUGAUGGUCAUAAGGUCUGUUGGAAUUCCUCCCAGGGCCUGAUGGCCAUAAGGUUUGUUGGAAUUCCUCUCAGGGCCUGAUGGUCAUAGGGUUUGUUGGAAUUCCUCCCAGGGCCUGAUGGUCAUAAGGUAUGUUGGAAUUCCGCUCAGGGCCUGAUGGCCAUAAGGUUUGUUGGAAUUCCUCCCAGGGCCUGAUGGUCAUAAGGUUUGUUGGAAUUCCUCCAAGGGCCUGAUGGUCAUAAGGUUUGUUGGAAUUCCUCCAAGGGCCUGAUGGCCAUAGGGUAUGUUGGAAUUCCUCUCAGGGCCUGAUGGCCAUAAGGUUUGUUGGAAUUCCUCUCAGGGCCUGAUGGUCAUAGGGUUUGUUGGAAUUCCUCCCAGGGCCUGAUGGUCAUAAGGUUUGUUGGAAUUCCUCCCAGGGCCUGAUGGUCAUGUAAGGUAUGUUGGAAUUCCUCUCAGGGCCUGAUGGCCAUAAGGUUUGUUGGAAUUCCUCUCAGGGCCUGAUGGUCAUAGGGUUUGUUGGAAUUCCUCCCAGGGCCUGAUGGUCAUAAGGUAUGUUGGAAUUCCUCUCAGGGCCUGAUGGCCAUAAGGUCUGUUGGAAUUCCUCCCAGGGCCUGUCUUGUCUGGUAAAUUCACAUUUAUCCUACCUCACUUUAACAAAAGUGCCUUCCAUAAUUUAAGUCUGGUACAUCCAGGUUGUAAUACAUCUACAACUUCCAUAAUAAUACAAACAACAUUUUAACCAAAUAAUUUAUUUUGUGAGCUACAGUGUUGGAUACUAGACUGAUAUUUGACAUGUUUCUCCAUCCCAAUUGUGUUGAGAUGUAUGUAUUACUGUUGUACAGUCAGAAAUGUAUUGUAACACAAUAAAACUCUUCAAAUAAAUUCUACAAAAACUAUCCAA